AUGAUAAUCAAGGUAAAUAACAGAAAACGCAGGAGCAGCAAAUCCCCCAGUGGCUUCCCCACGGACAAACAGUCACACCCGCGUACUAUUCAACAAGCUUCCGGCGUGGUGAACUCACGUUUCGUUAGGGACAUAAAACGGAGCGAUAAGAGACCUCAUCCGCUCAUUACUUUUGAGACGUAUUUUGCCGCUAUGAGUGAAGCAGCCAUUGAGACUGGCGGCACCGACGAAAGAAAACACAUUCAUCCAACAAGCCCCCUACCCAGGGCCGAAGGCGAUUCUGCUCGCCUUACACUACUGCCCUGGAUCGUGACGUUUAGGACACUUACUCACACUCAACUCAAUACCCAGAUCCAAAAUGUCACGCGUCACACUUCUAGGUCCCAUGGCGUCAUGGCUACCGAGCCGCUGUCAAGCUACCGCGGCAAUAGAAGAAUUACAAUUUCUCUAGCGCAGAAAUUAUGA